AUGGGGAAUGGAAGUGCUGUUCCAAGUGGAUACAAUGACUCCUGCAUUGAGCUUGAAGUACUACGAACUAAUUCCGAGCAUGCUCAGAUAGCAUUGGCUGGAUUUAAACUGGAAGAGCUUACAAUAUAUCUUACAGUCACGCUCUUUAUAAUGGUGAUUAUGCUUCUCAAGAUAGGAUAUCGGAAGGUGCCUCACAUUGGGUCAUAUUUCCCCGAAUCUCUGCUUCUUAUGCUCGUGGGACUUGCAUUUGGAGCUAUUAUACGUUAUACCAACAGUAAAUGUGCCUUCAAUGCACUCCGUCUGUCGCCGCAUUUAUUUUUCAACAUUCUCCUCCCACCAAUUAUGCUAGAAUCAGCUUACAGUAUAUAUAACAAGAAAUUUGCUGAAAUAUUGGCAACAAUUCUUUUCUUUGCCGCAAUAGGAACAGUUCUUAAUUUCCUUUUCAUUGGAUUAGGUCUCUACGUGGUGGAUAUUUCCAUCGGACUUGGAGAACCGAAUCUUCACUUUGGAAUAAAAGAAUUCCUACUCUUUUCUUCUCUCAUAGUUGCUGUCGAUCCAGUAGCUGUGUUGGCCAUAUUCCAAGAUAUUGGUGUUGACCUUAAUCUCUAUUAUAUGGUGUUUGGAGAAUCCCUACUGAAUGACGCUGUAACAGUUGUCCUUUACAACAUUAUGAGUGCUCUUGUAACGACACCCAAAAUAAAUGGCUGGCAGAUAGCUACUGGAAUUGGGUCCUUUUUUACUGUGAGUUUUGGUGGAGCUUUAAUUGGUCUUAUACACGGUGUCUUCUCUUGCUUCUUGACAAGAUUCGGAACUGGUUCUGAGACCCUCGGUGUCAUACUCACGAGCUACCUAUCCUAUAUAAUUGCUGACUUAUUUGCAUGGUCAGGUAUAAUCUCCAUAAUUGUUUGUGGAGUAGUGCAGUCGGCUUAUGCCUUCCAUAACUUGUCACCCUUAUCCGUCAUGGUUUUGGAGUCUGCCAUUGGGCAGGUGGCAGCCAUUUCAGAAGCAGUUAUCUUUCUUCUUCUUGGAUCUGAGGUGUUCGCACUCAAUCUAAGAUGGCAUACCGGAUUUCUAAUAACAUCUUUAGUUCUUUGCAUAGUUGGAAGAUUUUUUAUUAUAAUGAUUCUGUCGGCAAUCGUUAACAAAAAUCGCUGCAAGUCAUCACGAAUCUCUUGGUCGGAACAGGUCAUUAUCAGCUACGGAGGUCUUCGAGGAGCUGUUGCGUUUGCACUUGUCAUUCUUAUUCAAGACGAAAGCACUGAAGAUGGUUCACAGUUGGCAAGAGAUGUGCAGGUGACCACAGCGAUAGCUGUAAUAUUCUUUACCGUUGCAAUAAUGGGAACCACAAUGAAACCACUUGUUCGAUUGCUCGAUAUUCGCCUUCAUUCUGAAAAGGACAUGAAUAAAAAUCUACUAUUGACUCUUAACGAUUCUGUCAUGGAGGACACGUUGAUUUUUAUUGAGGAGUUAAUAUCGUCGCGGGGCGUUCAUUCCUUUGUGCGAGCUUUAACUGAUUUUGAUGAUAAGUAUAUCCGCCCAAUCCUUCAGAGAGACGCUGCAACCCAUGAAAUGAAAAUCGUCAACGCCUAUGAAAAACUCGCUCUUCAAAUGCACUCUGAGGCCAUUGGAGCGCCAAGGGAUUCUGCCCCCCGUAUUGAACCAGAAAGUGGGACUUGUACUGAUAUCCCUGGUAUUCCAAACAUGUUGAUGACUCAAAAGUUACCUUCUUCAAGAUAUCAACGUCGCCUCACACUGGCUGCUCUGACAAGUAUUGGGCCAGAAGUUGCAUUACUGCAUAGUAAGAAUUUGGACUUCGCAUCUGCUCAGAGGGCACAAUUCGCUAAACUCAAUAGAAAUCAAGCCUCAUUUGCCCGAACAAUGGAUAUGCAGAUUCGGUAUCACGAUACGGGCUCAGCAGAUGAACUUCAUCGAAGACAUAGCCGUGGACAUCGUGGCCAUCUAAUUCGCCAGUUCGCCAAUUGUGACAAUAGUGAUACAGUGACUGCAGGAAAGCAUCAUACAGUGAGAUUUGCCGUUCAUAAAAACAAAUUGACAAUCCCCACCAUAAACGUGCCUUCUAUUGACAGUAUUCAAGAUGCUAUUGAUGAAGACGACAAACAUCCAAGAAGGUCUAAGACCACAAAGUCAAAGUCAGUGGACUUGUAA